AUGGAUUACGAGGUGGACCUGUACCUGCGGCAGAAGUGGCACGACGAGCGCCUGCAGCACCCCGACAUCACGGAAGUCCUCGACCUCAACGACCCCAACCUGGUCAAAGCCAUCUGGAAGCCGGAAGUCUACUUCCCCAACGCCAAGCACGCAGAGUUCCAAUUCGUCACGGUCCCCAAUGUCCUCAUCCGGAUCAACCCAGACGGAGAGAUCUUGUACAUGCUAAGGUCAGUAUCCAUCUGUGCUUCAGUACUCAGGAAAGGAAUUAAGGAACUAAUUAAGAAUGCUAAUGAAAUGUCACCUUCUCAGCCAGAACAGGUGUUGAUAACCUGUCUGAGGUACCAUCAGAAUGGUGCUCCGCUACUAGAUUCCGUUGUGCCGCUGGUUCUGUAA